AUGGAUGUCAACGCGUUCACUGAGCUCAUCACACAACUACAGUCCUCAGACAACGAAAUCCGCAAAAAAGCUGAGGAGCACUAUGAGCAAAUCGAUGGCGCCACCAAAGUUGCCGCUCUCUUCGAGGCCUACGUCCAUCAUGCCAAUAACACCGAUGUAAAUACCUAUUUAUAUUUUUUCAAAUUCGAAUAAUUUAAAUGUUUAGGUCCGUUCUACUGUUCUCGUCUUCUUGAGAAGAGUUCUGUCGAGAGACUGGGAUUCUAUCUGGGAGAAGCUGAACGAAGAGAAUAGACAAAGAAUUCUAACCAAGGUUCUCGAGAUGAUAGUUCACGAAUCAGAAAUCUCUAUCAAGAAGAAGAUUGCUGAUCUCAUUUCCGAGAUCGCUUCGAACCUUAUCGAUGACGCCGGAGAUAUGUCGUGGAAAGGAGUUCUCGAGCUAAUGGACCACUGUCUCAAGAGCGACGAUCUUACCGCAAACUACAUUGCUCUUCUCAUUCUCCGGUAAGAAACCCCAUGUUACAAAAACCUCACGAGCACAAUUUUGAGCGGGUGCCCAAUAAUCUUCGGAAACAACCUCAAUCAUUUCCUUCCGCAACUCAAAGUUGUACUGGAGAAGUGCAUGGCCACUCCGGACCUUCAAAUCAAGUCUACAGCUGUUCGCGCUGUCAUCGCUUUCGCUGUUGACAACGACGAGGAGAAGGACGUCGUCAGGCUCAUGACUUCUCUUGUUCCGAAUGUGCUUCAAGUCUGCAACGAGACCAGUGAUGAAGACGAUUCUGACGGACCACUCGGAGAGUUCGCCGAACUCGCUUCGUCGCUGCCGAAGUGCCUCAACACUCACAUGACGGAGGUCCUUCACGUUGCUCUUUCGGUAUGUAAACGUUUCGCGCUCAUCAUCGGUUACCUCCCUUGUUUUUUUUAGCUCGCUGGAAACAAGGAUAAGAACGAGAUGUGCCGUCAAAACGCCAUUGAGGUCAUUUGCUCGUACAUGGAGAGUGCCCCAAAAGGACUCAAGAAGUACGCUCCAGGAGCUCUCGGACCAAUUCGUAAGUUAAUUAUUCACCUUUAGAAAAUAAACCGAAAUGUUUCAGUCGAGACUCUGCUCUCUUGCAUGACCGAGUUGGAUGAUGAUAUCCUCCAAGAGUGGCUCACCGAAAUCGAGGAGGAAGAUGACUAUGAAGAGUAAGACACUAACUUCAGAAAACUUUUCAAUUAUUGUUAUUCCAGUGUUCCGAUCAUCGCGGAGUCUGCCAUAGACCGUGUUGCUUGCUGCAUCAACGGAAAGGUUAUGCUGCCGGUGUUCUUGCCGCUCGUCGAGAAACUUCUCACCAGUGAUGACUGGAAGAUGAAGCACGCUGCUCUCCGUGCCUUCUCCGCUGUCGGCGAGGGAUGCCAAAGAUCGAUGGAGCCACAUAUAGAGCAAAUUAUGGUGCACAUCACGAAAUACGUCAACGACAGCCACCCAAGAGUGCAAUAUGCUGCCUGCAAUGCCAUUGGACAGAUGUCCACUGACUUUGCCCCAACUCUCCAGAAGAAGUGUCACGCCAACGUCGUUCCCGCUCUUCUCGAAUCUCUGGAUCGCACUGAUGUUCCACGAGUUUGCGCCCAUGCUGCUUCCGCUCUCGUCAAUUUCGCUGAAGAGUGCCCAAAGAACAUUAUUGGACAGUACCUUCCGUACAUUCUUCAGAAGCUCGAGAAUGUUCUUUCCGCGGUCUUCAACCGCCUUGCCGACAAACGAUACCAAGUGGUUGUCGAAAACAUCGUCACCGCCAUCGCUUCGGUCGCUGAAGCUGCUGAGGAACUGUUCAAGGAGCAUCACGCUCGUCUCAUCCCGAACCUGGUCCACAUUCUCCAGAAUGUUGGAGAGCUCAAGGAGCUGAGAGGAAAGACAAUUGAGUGCAUCUCGCUUAUCGGUUACGCUGUCGGAAAGGAGCACUUCCACGCCACCGCCAUCGAGAUUCUGAAUCUUCUUGGAGAUGGAAUGAAGGACCUCGCCAUCGACGAUCCGCAAUACAGCUACAUGAUUAGCAGUUGGACUCGCUUCUGCUCGGUAAUUUAAUGGCAUCAGCCUUCUACGCAAACUCGUUUUUCAGAUUCUUGGAGCUGACUUCGCUCCGUUCCUUCCGGUUGUUAUGGACCCAGUCCUGAGAGCUGCUCGCUACCGUCCGGACUUCAACAUCUUCAACAGUUCGUAAAAAAACAAGUGUGCAUUCAAAAACGUACUUUUACAGAUGAAGACAUUCAAGAGACCGAAUCUGGAGUCGAAUACCACGGAAUUGGAGGAGAGAAGACCGUUGGAAUACGCACCAGUGGACUUGAGGAGAAGGCUACGGCCUGCGAUAUGCUUGUCGCUUUCGCCAAGGAAAUGAAGGAAGCCUUUAUGCCGUACGUGCUCGACGUCUAUGAGCUCGCUAUCAAAAAUCUUGAUUUCGGACUUCACGAUGGUGUUCGUACCGCUUCGGCCGAAAUCAUGCCGUUCUUGCUCGUUUGCGUUGAGAAGCAAGGUCUUGAAGAUAAGCGUCGUUUGUGGUGCGAAUUCUUGAAGGCACUCACUACCUCGAUGGAAGAGGAGGAUGAUGUUGAAAUUCUCGCUGCUUUCAUGUCUGCCAUUGGAUCGUGCAUCGAAGUGAUGGGAACUGAAGGUGUUGCUGCGGAAGAGGUCACGCUCAUCAUCUCUGUUCUUCACAAGCAAUUGGAGAACUACGGUAAGAGAAUGACCGACCGGCCAUCCGAGGAUGAGGACGACGAUGAUGCUGAGGCCAAGGAGGAGCUUGAUUACUUCAUGGAGCUCGAGGCGUCAUGCCUUGGAGCUAUUUCCGACCUGACUCACUCUCUUAUGAAAGAGUUCAAGGGAACCAUCUUCGAGGCCAUGGUGAAUGUGUUCGACUGUGCUCUUCAACUCAUUGAAGGGUCUAAGCAAUACUUCGAGAGACAAUGGGGAAUGUGCCUUUUGGACGAUGCCAUAGAGUUCGGUGUUGGACACCUUCCUUCCCGCUUCCCGCAGCUCAUCCCGAUAAUGUACAGGCUCCUCGGAGACGAGUAUCCUGAGGUUCGACAAGCUGCCAGCUAUGGAUUCGGAGUCAUGGCUAUCAGAUACCAUCAAGUCAACGAAUAUCAAGCGGAAAUUGCUAAUUGUUUGGAGCCACUGGCCACUAUGAUUCAACGGUAUGAUCAUUACAAGUUUCUGCGUUAUUAAAAACUUGUUCGUUUGCAGGGAAGAUGCGCGCGCUACCGAAGAAAGCACUGUUGCCACGGAAAACGCCAUUUCUGCAUUUGCUAAAAUCAUCGUCAAUGUUCCGCUUCCAGCUGAACAUUAUAGAAAGGUAAACCUUGGAGAAUCUUUCAGAAAAAGGAAACUAAACUUUCACAGAUCGUGGAGAUGUUCUUAAGUUGGCUGCCAACGUAUGCGGACACUGAGGAGAGCCCCUACAUCUACACGUGUCUUGCCGAGCUUUUCGACAAACAAGACUCUGCUCUCUUCGGCCCAGAAAACCAGAAUCUCUCAAAAAUCUUCCUUGUUUGUAAGUAAAAGUCAAUCAGAGAAAGAAGUGUAUCGGUUUUUUUCAGGCUUGCUGGCAAUCGCCAAUGAAGCUUUCAACGAUGAUGAGCAUGGCAACCAUACGAAGCAGAGAAUCUCCACGAUCCUCAAGCAGAUCUACACUUCGUUCCCAGUGUUCGCUCAACAGGAAGGCAUCGAUGAGCAUUUGCAAGGAAUUCUUCAGAAGGUGCUCACUGGACAAUAA